CGCAUAAUGCGCGCGGGCCGGGCCGGCGGGCCAAUGGGAACGGCGGCUCCCACCGGGCGCCCGGUUCCCCCAUGCAUUGAUCCGGGAACCGCGCGGGGCGAACCGACUCGUGUAUAAUUCAUAGCGGGGAGCGGGGACGCGCACGGCGCUCCGAUGUACCCGACGGCCGCCGGGCCGCUCACGCUCACGCACCGGCCGAACAGUUCCUUCCUCGUGGACAACCUGCUGGCGCGGGGCGUCGAGGCAUCGUCCCCUCCGGCCGCCGGUGUCGUGGUCGGCUCUCUAGUGUCGCACCACCAGCAGCAAGUGGCCGCAGCCGCUGCCGCGGCUCACCAGCACCAGCAGCUGCAGCAUCACCUUCAGCAGCAGUUGCAGCAGCACCAGCAGCAACAGCAGCAGCAGCAGGAGCAACACCAGCAACAACUGGACUGCUGUUCCUCGUCGGGAGGCAUGACGCCCCGGGACGACGACGACGAACUGCGCACCCCGCCCCCACCACCGCUCAAGUUUGGUGUGACGGCCAUCCUGGCCGACCACGGAGCAGCAGCGGUGCACGGCCGGGACAAGGAGCGCUACUUCGGAGGAGCAGCCAGGAGCGCGGCAGCCGCGUCUCUGCUGGCUGCGGCCGCGGCCACAGGGGGAAAGCCCGACCUACGGGACCUGUUCGAGCAACUGAGGACGAACUCGGGCUUCCUUCCCCGGUGUUUUGUGACCGAAAGGCCAAAGUAUCCCCCCUGCAAGGACGAGAAGGGACCCGGCGGAAUCCCCUGCGUACCAGUGUCUUGCAGCGGCGCGGCAGCAGCGGCGGCAGCGGCCGUGCAACUGGCCGGCUCCUACCCCGUCGUCGCAAAGCCUAUUCCGCGAGGAUUCUUCGAGUCACCCCUGCAGUCGCUGGUCGCCUGCAGGUCAUCCUACCUGGCCGGUCUCGGCCCCGCUGGCCUGAGCGGCGGCGAACAGUUCGGUCUCGGCCCCGGCCGGAGUCCUCUUCAAGGAGGGGCGGGAGGUCCCGGUGGACCCCCGGGCACCGGAGCCGGCGGCCCCCUGCACCAUGGCUUCCCGUUGCCGGCCACCUUCCCGUGGGCUGCAACGGCGAGGGGCAAACCCAGGCGCGGAAUGAUGCGGCGGGCCGUCUUCUCGGACGCGCAGAGGCAAGGGCUCGAGAAACGCUUCCAAAUACAGAAGUACAUCAGCAAGCCGGACCGCAAGAAGCUCGCCGAGAAGCUGGGCCUCAAGGACUCCCAGGUGAAGAUCUGGUUCCAGAACAGGCGCAUGAAGUGGCGCAACUCCAAGGAGCGCGAGCUGCUGUCCAGCGGAGGCUCCCGAGAGCAGACCCUGCCGACGAAGAGCAACCCGAACCCAGACCUGAGCGAUGUGUCCUCCUCUACCGCGGCCGCGGGCUCCACCAACGGUCACGGCGCUCACCCCCACCAACCGGUGACCGCCGCCGCUAGCCUCGCCGAACACCUCAUGAGGGCCUCGCGGGACGAAGACGACGACCGGCGCUCUGUGGACGUAGACAGCGACGAAGACGUCGAGAUCAAGGUCCUCUGAGCGGGAGAUACGUGAAAACGAGCAGUUCUCCCCCCUACGUUGUCUCUGCUUUGUCAGCGGACAUACCGAACUGAAAGAUGGCCCGUGUACAGUGACUUGUUAUGAACUAUACCUUGCAAUCUCCUUGGUGACAUUGAACGGUGGCAAGACCCUCCCUGGCUCUGAAGCACAGUCAGCGGCGUCGACAGAAAGGUGUCGAGAUGCCUUCCCACACAACUUUGUUGCGCACUGAAAGCGUACCGGAAAAAAAAGGCGACUCGUGUACCGUCGCGUGUCGCAAGUCAAGAGACUUUCAUCAGAAACGCAGGUUCUUCUGUGAUGUGUGACUCAAAACCGGACUCGGAACAGGCACAACGUCGCUGCAUGCGUUAUAAAUGCGCUUUGGUGUUGAAAGAACCGUCUGAACCGGUGCCGACAGAGACGCUAGCCCCGUAUCUGAAAGGACUUCAUAGAAAGAGCCGAUUCCUGUAGGUCUUACCGCGCACCUUAUAGCUGGCCAGCCCGAAUUCUCAGUGCGCGUGUGGCGUGGCUCAAUUCGGUGCAACGUCAACUGGUCUAGAGACCACCACAUGAGCGCUACUUUUAAGGCUGCUAGAGCCACCUCUACAAGUGAUCAACAGUGAUUUAAUUAAAACUGAAGCACGAGUGUGUCACCAGUCUGUAAACAAAGCCAGCAAAUAACGGACGUAAAAUGAUUCUUGCUCGGUUUUAUGGGCAAGUGAUUAGUUUGUGCGCAAGGUUUCGCCAGUGUACAGUCACCGACUGUCAUGCGAGUAAAGACUUAUGUAGUUCAGUAAUGUUUGGUGCAGUUGGCCCUUGGGGGCACAGCGGAUGAUUCUUGCCAUCUACAUGAAACCGGUUAAGGUUUCGCCACACAACGGCGUUCUUUCUUGGAAGAAUUCUGAGCACCUCCCCGCGUAAUGGGUUCUGGGUACGUCCGUUGCGUCUAUGGGGGCGUCAGAAAGAAUAGAGCGUUCAUCAAAUGCUUUGUCAUCGAGGCGGCUUGACGGUAUUUAUGUAUACAAAAGAGUAUUAGCUUUGGCUUUAUUGAACGAAAGAGCGGCCAACAGCCAACGAAGAAUUUAUGAACUGCGUCCGGUGGCUGGCGUCAGACGCUCGAUGUCAAAUUUGGUGCCCACGAGUGACGUAACGUUGCACCCCCCCCCCCCCCCUAGAAUCUAACGUUGCCAGAAAUAGCCAAUCCGCGUUAAAAUGCUGAAAAUCCCCUCUAAACUGAAGUUGUUGAAGUUACCUAGGCAUUUGGAAACAUAGAGCGGAAAUCUAGUGCAACAAGCGACUUUACCUGGUCCAUAUUUUACUAAAGCUGGUGUAUCUUAUCUGAACACACUGAAAGCAAGGCAGCCAACACGUUCUUAUUUUUUUUUUUUUUUUCGCUUCCUGAUACUUCCUUUCACGUAGCCCAGAACUUGAAGAGAACCUCAAGAAACUGGAAUACUGAAAUCAUGCAAAUCCUUCCAAACGCAAUAUUCCCGACGAACAUUGCAUUUUGCAGUAUCAAAGACGUCAUGCGUUAACGGCAUCUAGAAGCCGGUGAAAACACCCCCAUUCCUUUCUUUCAUUUGUUAGAAACAUCAAACUAUCAGAACUGGUUUUGGCACGUAAAACCCCAAAAAGAAGAAGAAACUUCAAACUCCUCUCGAGCUUCAUCAGAUCAAAACUGCUAAAGGGAUACCCGUACUCUACUACGCUAUCGUUGCGAAGUACUAUACUGCAAGUUUAACCACGAGUACGCGAAGUUUGCUUGGGCACUUGGACCAUUGUGCGACGAGGUCGGUUAACCAGAGGCUCAAAAAGAAGAUCAAGAAUAGAGCAUGCGAAUGUGACGCAGAAAAACUCUUUGACUUAAUGGACAGUCAAGAAAGAAACGUGAUCCCAGUGACAAAUGUGAGGUGCUUCUGUAAGCCAGGUUCCUCCUCUCUUGUUGAGAGAUUGCAUCUGCACGACUUGUACAAUAAACCCGUGAAGUUUGAA